AUGAGUAACAAUGAUGGAGUGAUGGGAUAUUUUCUGCCCACCAUAGUGACGACUGACGACGACGAUGGAAAAGGAAAGGAACUGUCUGGAGAGAGAGUAUUCUACGGUUCUACCUUCCGCUUAAUCUCCAAGUUAUCUUCUACAGCUUCACGGCGAAAAACAUCUGAACAGCGCGAUUCUUAUUAUUAUUGCGAGAUGUUCCGAUCCAAACAUAGAUCCUUACAUCUCUCCUGCAGGAGAUUCUACUUCCAUCUAUGUCUAUCUUCCUUAUCCAGCACCAACGCGUCUCAUGACUCACAGUUGCGUCAAUUGAACAAGAAAAUCAUGCAGUUAAAUCGAGCUGGUAGGUUUCAAGAAGCCAGGACAUUGUUUGAUGAAGCGAAUCACAAGAAUACAGUGACAUGGAAUUCAAUCAUAAGUGGGUACGUUAAAACCCGUGAAAUGAUCAAAGCGCGCCAACUGUUCGAUGAAAUGCCAGAGAGAGAUCUUGUGUCAUGGAAUACGAUGAUCUCUGGGUAUUUAUCAUGCCUUGGCCGUGCUUACAUUGAAGAAGGGAAACGAUUGUUUGAUCUAAUGCCAGAAAGGGAUAUCAUUUCUUGGAAUACAAUGAUUAGUGGGUAUGCAAGGAAUGGGAGAAUGGAUUAUGCAUUACAUUAUUUCAACAAGAUGCCUGAUCGGAAUGUUGUAUCAUGGAAUGCUGUAAUUUCUGGGUUCUUGCAAAAUUGUGAUGUGAAGAAUGCAAUUGAAACUUUUAAUAGAAUGCCAAACCGUGAUGCAGCUUCUCUUAGCGGUCUUGUUGCAGGUUUAGUUCAGAAUGGUGAGUUAGAUAAAGCAGCCAGCUUUCUGCAUCAAACUGGAAAAGAUUGUGUUGCUGGUUAUGAAUUGGUUGAUGUUUAUAAUACUUUGAUUGCUGGGUAUGGUCAGAAAGGCAUGAUUCAUGAAGCUAGACGUCUUUUUGAUGAGAUACCUUCUAAUUCUCCUGAUCAUCUGCAGAGGAAUGAGUUCAUAAGAAAUAUGAUAUCAUGGAAUUCAAUGAUCAUGUGUUAUGUAAGGUCAGGGGAUGUUGUUUCAGCAAGGGAUCUAUUCGAUCAAAUGGUUGAUCGAGAUAUUAUUACCUGGAACACCAUGAUCAGCGGGUAUGUGCACAUUUCUCAAAUGGAUCAAGCUUCCGAUCUUUUCCAGAAAAUGCCCAACCCCGAUACUCAGACAUGGAAUACAAUGAUCUCCGGUUACGCACAGAUCGGUAAACUAGACCUUGCUCGUGAUUCCUUCGAAAAAACUCCACAUAAAAACUGUGUUUCGUGGAAUUCCAUUAUAUCUGGUUACGAGAAAAACAAUGACCACAAAGGAGCAAUUAAACUCUUCAUCCGGAUGCAAUCAGAAGGCAACAAACCUGAUCGACACACUUUAUCGUCCCUUCUCGCUAUUUGCUCCGAAUUCGUAUCAUUAGAACUCGGCGUCCAGAUCCAUCAGCUGGUCGUGAAAAUCGUCGUACCUGAUUCACCCUUAAACAACUCCCUCAUCACAAUGUACGCUCGAUGUGGAGCCAUUGAUCGAGCAGAAUCAAUUUUCGACGAGAUGAAAUUUAAAAAAGAUGUUAUCUCAUGGAAUGCAAUGAUUGGAGGAUACGCAAGCGAUGGAUCAGCUACUAAGGCUCUAGAAUUGUUCACCAUUAUGAAGAGUUAUAAAAUCAGGCCAACUUAUAUAACAUUCAUCUCGGUCCUGAGUGCAUGCGCGCAUGCUGGUUUGGUGGAGGAAGGGCGAAGGCAGUUUAAAUCGAUGGUUUGUGAAUAUGGGAUUGAGGCGAGGGUGGAGCAUUAUGCCUCGUUAGUUGAUGUUAUUGGGCGAUAUGGGGAUUUAGAUGGGGCUAUGGAUGUGAUAAAAGGGAUGCAUAUGGAGCCGGAUAAAGCUGUUUGGGGCGCGAUAUUGGGGGCUUGUAGGAUGCAUAAUAAUGUCGAGUUGGCUAGAUUUGCGGCCGAUGAAUUGAUGAGGAUUGAACCAGAAAGUUCGGCUCCUUAUGUUUUAUUGUAUAAUAUGUAUGCUGAUGCAGAAAGGUGGGAGGAAGCGAGUCGAGUGAGGAUGUUAAUGGAUGAUUGUAAAAUUGUAAAACAUCGAGGUUAUAGUUUAGUGAACUUCUCGGCUCGAUGAUAUAUAACAAUCAAAUUCAAUUAUCGCAUAAAUUCCAAUGACAAUUCAAACUUUAUA